CACAAGAGGUGGAUAUAUUUUAAUCAGGCCUUCCGGGAUUUGUAGAUACGCACCACGAAAAUGGCGAAGAUCGCCAAAACACACGAAGACAUAGAGGCGCAGAUCCUGGAGAUCCAGGGGAUGAAAGCCGCUCUGGUGGAGCAAGGAGAAGAGGGUGUUGGGCUUGAUUCCACUGGAUACUACGACCAGGAAAUCUAUGGAGGCAGUGACAGCCGCUUUGCAGGAUAUGUCACCUCCAUUGCUGCCAAUGAACAGGAGGAUGACGACGAGGAGGACUCUUCGACCAGUUUACUGGGUCAAAAGAAACCAGGAUACCAUGCUCCGGUGGCAAUACUCAAUUCAAUACCACAGUCCGAUGAGCAGUACGAUCCGUUUGCAGAGCACCGGCCACAGAAGAUCGUGGACCGUGAGGACGAGUACAAAGCUCGCAGGCGUCAGAUGAUCAUCUCUCCAGAGCGACUCGACCCGUUUGCAGAUGGGGGGAAAACGCCAGACCCAAAGCAGCAGGCUAGGACCUACAUGGACGUCAUGAGGGAGCAGCACCUGAGCAAGGAAGAGAAAGAGAUCAGGCAGCAGCUGGUAGAGAAGGCCAAGUCCGGAGACCUGAAAGUGGUGAAUGGCUCUGGUGCCUCGCAAGCCCCUGCCGCUAAGCGCAAGCGCCGCUGGGAUCAGACCGCUGACCCAGGCACGCCCAGCAACUCCACCCCCAAGAAAUUGUCCAGCUGGGACCAGGCUGACGCUGGCUCUGAGACACCGGGACACACACCUGGACACACUCCGUCCAACAGCCGCUGGGACGAGACCCCAGGUCGCCCCAAGGGUAGUGAGACACCCGGUGCCACCCCCAGCUCCCGCAUGUGGGAACCCACCCCCAGCCACACCCCCGCCGGCGCUGCCACGCCCGGGCGAGACGCCACCCCCGGUCACGGCAGCUCCACGCCCAGCGUGCGCAAAAACCGCUGGGACGAGACGCCAAAGACGGAGAGAGAGACCCCUGGCCAUGGCAGUGGUUGGGCCGAGACACCGCGCACAGACAGAGGCGAAGAGUCUGUAGGUGAGACGCCCACCCCCGGUGCCAGCAAGAGGAAGUCCCGCUGGGACGAGACGCCCGCCAGCCAGAUUGGCUCCUCCACCCCUCUGCUCACACCCGGAAAAACUCCCAUCGGCACGCCAGCCAUGAACAUGGCCACCCCCACCCCAGGUCACUUGAUGAGCAUGACCCCAGAGCAGCUGCAGGCCUGGCGCUGGGAGAGGGAGAUCGACGAGAGGAACCGCCCACUCACUGACGAGGAGCUGGACGCCAUGUUUCCAGAGGGAUACAAGGUUCUGCCACCACCCGCAGGCUAUGUUCCCAUCCGCACCCCGGCCCGCAAGCUCUCGGCCACGCCCACUCCCAUUGGGGGCAUGACUGGUUUCCACAUGCAGCAGGAGGACCGCUCCAUGAAGCAGGUCAAUGACCAGCCCUCCGGCAACUUGCCCUUCCUCAAGCCAGACGACAUCCAGUACUUCGACAAGCUCUUGGUGGAGGUGGAUGAGUCCACUCUGAGCCCUGAGGAACAGAAGGAGCGCAAGAUCAUGAAGCUGCUGCUGAAGAUCAAAAAUGGCACCCCACCCAUGAGAAAAGCUGCUCUGAGACAGAUCACAGAUAAGGCGCGGGAGUUUGGCGCUGGACCCCUCUUCAACCAGAUCCUGCCCCUGCUCAUGUCUCCCACACUGGAGGACCAAGAGCGCCAUCUGCUGGUGAAAGUCAUUGAUCGAAUCCUGUACAAGCUGGAUGACUUGGUCAGACCAUAUGUACACAAGAUCCUGGUGGUUAUCGAGCCCCUGCUGAUUGAUGAAGAUUACUACGCCAGAGUGGAAGGCAGAGAGAUUAUCUCUAAUUUAGCCAAGGCCGCUGGUUUGGCCACCAUGAUCUCCACCAUGAGGCCCGACAUUGACAACAUGGACGAGUAUGUGAGAAACACCACAGCCCGUGCCUUUGCCGUGGUGGCGUCCGCCCUGGGCAUCCCCUCCCUGCUGCCCUUCCUCAAGGCCGUGUGCAAGAGCAAGAAGUCCUGGCAGGCUCGCCACACUGGUAUCAAGAUCGUCCAGCAGAUCGCCAUCCUCAUGGGCUGUGCCAUCCUGCCCCACUUGCGCAGCUUGGUGGAGAUCAUUGAACAUGGUCUGGUGGACGAGCAGCAGAAGGUGCGCACCAUUAGUGCCCUGGCUAUUGCUGCUCUGGCCGAAGCUGCCACCCCAUACGGUAUCGAGUCCUUCGACUCCGUGCUGAAGCCCCUGUGGAAGGGUAUCAGGCAACACAGAGGAAAGGGUCUGGCUGCCUUCCUGAAGGCCAUCGGUUAUCUGAUCCCGCUCAUGGACGCAGAGUACGCCAACUACUACACCAGGGAAGUGAUGCUUAUCCUUAUCCGAGAGUUCCAGUCUCCCGAUGAGGAAAUGAAGAAGAUUGUGCUCAAGGUGGUGAAGCAGUGCUGUGGCACAGAUGGUGUUGAGGCCAACUACAUUAAGACAGAGAUCCUUCCCCCGUUCUUCAAGCACUUCUGGCAGCACAGAAUGGCCCUGGACAGACGCAAUUACAGACAGCUGGUAGACACCACAGUGGAGCUGGCCAAUAAGGUGGGAGCGGCAGAAAUCAUCUCUCGCAUCGUGGACGACCUGAAGGACGAGGCUGAGCAGUACAGAAAGAUGGUGAUGGAGACCAUCGAGAAGAUCAUGGGCAACCUGGGCGCCGCCGACAUCGACCACAAGCUGGAGGAGCAGCUGAUUGACGGCAUCCUGUACGCCUUCCAGGAGCAGACCACGGAGGACUCUGUAAUGCUGAAUGGUUUUGGUACUGUGGUCAACGCUCUAGGCAAGCGUGUGAAGCCCUACCUGCCUCAGAUCUGCGGUACCGUCCUCUGGCGUCUCAACAACAAGUCUGCCAAAGUCCGUCAGCAGGCCGCCGACCUCAUCUCGCGUACCGCCGUGGUGAUGAAGACAUGUCAGGAGGAGAAGCUGAUGGGUCAUUUGGGUGUGGUGCUGUAUGAGUACCUGGGAGAGGAGUACCCAGAGGUCCUGGGCAGCAUCCUUGGAGCACUGAAGGCCAUUGUUAACGUCAUCGGUAUGCAUAAAAUGACGCCACCCAUCAAAGAUUUGCUUCCGCGUUUGACUCCAAUUCUGAAGAACAGACAUGAGAAGGUGCAGGAGAACUGUAUUGACCUGGUGGGCAGAAUUGCUGACAGGGGAGCUGAAUAUGUCUCUGCCCGCGAGUGGAUGCGCAUCUGCUUCGAGCUGCUGGAGCUCCUGAAAGCCCAUAAGAAGGCCAUCCGCAGAGCUGCUGUCAACACCUUCGGCUACAUUGCCAAAGCUAUCGGUCCUCAUGACGUAUUGGCCACACUGCUUAACAACCUGAAGGUGCAGGAGCGUCAGAACCGCGUGUGCACGACGGUUGCCAUCGCCAUCGUGGCCGAGACGUGUUCCCCCUUCACCGUGCUCCCGGCGCUGAUGAACGAGUACCGGGUGCCAGAGCUCAACGUGCAGAACGGCGUGCUCAAGUCGCUCUCCUUCCUCUUUGAGUACAUCGGCGAGAUGGGCAAGGACUACAUCUACGCCGUCACGCCUCUCCUUGAAGACGCGCUGAUGGACAGAGACCUGGUCCACAGGCAAACGGCAAGUGCUGUGGUGCAGCACAUGUCCCUGGGCGUGUACGGCUUCGGCUGUGAGGACUCGCUCAACCACCUGCUCAACUACGUGUGGCCCAACGUGUUUGAGACGUCGCCUCACGUCAUCCAGGCAGUGAUGGGCGCACUGGAGGGCCUGCGAGUAGCCAUCGGACCCUGCCGCAUGCUUCAGUACUGCCUACAGGGUCUGUUCCACCCGGCCCGAAAGGUGCGAGACGUGUACUGGAAGAUCUACAAUUCCAUCUACAUCGGUUCCCAAGACGCUCUCAUCGCCCACUACCCACUGGUCUACAACGACGAGAAAAACCCUUUUGUUCGAUUUGAGUUGGAGUAUUUCCUGUGAUCAUACCAAACCUGAAUGUGCACUCGUUCUCUCUCUUUCCUGUCCUUUUUGUCCAUCCUUCCUGGUUUCAAGGACCUGCUUCAUUUUUUUUAUUAUUAUUAUUAUUGCUAUUAUAGUUCUCUGUUUUGUGUGCGACCAACAAGCUACGGCCACUGUAGCAGUAGAUUGAUUUUUAAUAACGAGCUUGUAGAUGUUUUGUGUUUGGAAAAAUGUUUUCAAUGAGGAUUUGCAGUAGAAGGCAAGUAGCAACAUUGCAAGAAGUAAAACAAAAAAAAGCUGGCAGCAAGGCCUGGUAAGCAUUCUAUUACUUAUGUCAUGGUUUCUGUGUAUUAUGACCCUUAGGAAAUGCCCCUCAAUCUUCAUCAAUCACCCAUCUGUUCUUAUUGAAAUGCUGUUUAAUUUGAGCGAAUAAACAUUUGUGUAUAAAACUCUCAAA